AUGGAAAUUUCGGUUCAAAUUAAUGUAACUGAUUCUCAUUCCAAUGCUGACAAACAAAAUAAACCAGUUUUAUCAUGGGAUGAAAUUAUUGAAAAAAGUUUAUCUAAUUUUGGGUGGAUGGAUUUCUUACAAGCUAUUCUUGUAGCAAUAUCAAUGUUCUUUGAUGCACAACAAUCUUUCAUUAGCAUUUACACUGAUAAUUACCCAAAAUGGCACUGCACUAACACAACCACAAAUUCAACAUGUUCUUCAUCUUCUGAUAUAUGCAAACUCCCAAGAUCUUCUUGGUCUUGGGACACACACCCCUCAAACACAAUCAUUUCUCAAUGGAACCUUGAAUGUGCUAGCACCUUUCUCACUGGUUUACCUCAAUCUUCUUUCUUCGUUGGUUCUCUUCUUGGCUCUUCCAUUCUUGCAGCAUUAGCUGAUUCAUCUCUCGGUAGAAAAAACAUGCUAAUCGUUUCUUGUCUCUCAAUGUCAAUAACUUCCAUGCUCAUAAUCCUCUCCACCAAUGUUUGGAUUUACUCCGCCAUGAAAUUCUUGAUCGGUUUCUGGCGUUCGUCGAUCGGUACAUGUGCUCUUGUUUUGCUAACGGAGAAAGUUAACGUCGAAUGGCGAUUCCGAGCUGGAAUUGUUGAGUAUUUUAUGUUUACUAUAGGGUACAUGUCUUUACCUGGUUUCGCUUACAUCAACCGAAACUCGUCAUGGAAAUCUCUUUACCGUUGGUCGUCAAUCCCUGGUAUAAUCUACUCUAUCAUUGCUUAUUUCUUCGUUACCGAGUCGCCUAGGUGGCUUGUCAUGCAAGGCAACGAGAAAGAAAUUUCGAAAAUGCUUAAAAUGGUAUCAUCACAAGAAACUGCUGAUGGUAAUAACAAUAAUAACUGUAAUCUAGCUUCGAGUUUUCCAAAACCACCCAUAAAAGAAAAAGUUUCAAUAUUUCAACUUUACUCAUCCAUAGGUGAAUUGUUUCAUAAAAGAUGGGCUCUUAAAAGAAUGAUAUCUGUUAUGAUUCUUGGAAUUGGACUUGGAAUGGUUUAUUACGGUAUGCCAUUAGCCGUCGGAAAUUUGGGAUUCAACAUUUAUUUAGCCGGGGUUUUCAGUGCUUCCAUGGAAAUACCUUCAUGCGUAGCAAUAUAUUUCUUGGAAAACUAUAGAAGAAAACCUUCAAUUCUUGUCUUCUCAAUCUUAAGUGGGAUUUGUUGUGUUAUGUGUGUUGUUCUUGAGCAUAGAGUACCAGCAGGUAAAGUGGUGUUAGCAAUGGUUGCAUUCUUUGGUGCAUGUACAGCUUAUGAUUUGUUUCUGAUAUACGUAAUAGAGCUGUUUCCGACGCGUGUUCGGAACACAGCAACAUCGUUGGUUAGACAAGCUGUUGUGUUUGGUUGCAUAUUCUGUCCGUUUUUGGUAUCUGCUGGGAGGAAGAACAAUAUAUUCUCUUAUGGUGUGUUUGGAGUUGUGAUAAUGUUAUCGAAUAUUACAUUGUUGUAUUUGCCAGAGACUAAAGGGAUUGUUCUUUGUGAUACUAUGGAAGAACAAGAGAAGAAAGAAAUAGCUCUAUCUGAUGACAUGCAUCAACACGAGAUAACAGGAAAUGUUUCUGUGCAAUAG